AUGAAUGACCAAAAGGGUGACACAAAAAAUAAUCAAAAAGUUGAUCAAAAGGAUGAGCAUAAAUCUGAUCAAAAGCCUGAGCACAAAGCUGACCAUAAGAAUGAUCAUAAGAGUGAGCAAAAAGUUGAACAGAAAGAUGAACCAAAGAGUGAACAAAAGCCAGAGGAACAUAAAGACCUUGAUUUUGAGCAAAUGAAAGCCAGAGCCCCAAAGCUUUUGGCUGAUAUGGUACAGAUGAUUAUCACAUGGCAGAAAAUGGGCUUCCAUGUGCCACGAGGUAUCAAGAACAUAUUUGAGUUUACAUGGGAAGAGCUCAUAGAGACGUUGCCAAGGAAAUCUUUCACUGGUUUAUAUUGUCCAGUUGUCAAACUCCUCCCCUAUGACGAGGUUGAACUCUCCUCCCCAACUACAUCAAGAAUUCAAAAGGUGGGCAUUAUGCCCACAGGGAAGAGGUCUAAUUAUUUGACUUCAUGUGAAAAUCAGCCGAUGCUCGUGAAAUUCCAAAAGCGGUCCAUCCAUCUCCUGACGGAACUUCUGAAGUUAAAGAUGAAGAUAAUGAUUGAUGCCGUUGCUGGUCCCAACUCUGAAGAGAUUGCAAAACGAUUCCUAGAAAGUGGUCAACAGCUAAGCCCCAAAUCCCGGGAAGAGGCAGCGGAAUUUAUGAGAGAACCCAGGAGGAAAGGACGUGGCGUGAUCCCAGCAAUGCCAGCAAUUCCUAUAACUUCCACCACCCAACUCAUACAGCAAAUGUCAUUGUCCUGUCUUUGCUUUUCAUUGACAUUCAAAGAAGGCCAGCCGCAAAAGAGCUCAGGUGGUAGCAGCAGCACUGGUCAAGACAAAGAGUCACUUUUAUCUGACAAAUUUGACCCAUGUCCUGAAGCUAGGGAGAAGCUCCGUGACAUCUGCCAUCUUAUAGAACAUGAGAAGAAUAUAGCCAUAGCAAAGGGCCAUGUGAGGCCCCUAAUACUGAAGAAUUACACAACUAUCCACAGGACGCCAUCUCAGGCCUUGAAAAGAGCUUCCAUCUCCCAACUAGCUUCUGAGAUCAGACGUUCAAAAGGGAAAAAAUUAUUCUUUGCUCUUCCUGAUGGAACAUCACUGAUUUAUUACCCAUCCGGAAGCAUUGCAGUUUUCCAAUUUCCCAUAUGCUGCAUAGGAAGAACAAUCACCCUUCUGUUUCAGGAUACUCCAAGUCAAAUGCUUUUAGGCAUGUUUACCCCGGGCCACUCAUGUCUAUGUUAUUCUUUUAAAGCAAGCUUUUCUGUGGCAUUGCUGAUGAACCAGGAAGGCGGGAGUGUUAGAGACAAAUAUGGCAAUUUAACCCACCACUGGAACUGGUAUUCCAGAAACCAAGUUCUACAGUCAUUAGAUUUUCAGAUAAAUGAACAGUUAAAGUUAAAGGUUCUUGGCCAAAAUUCCAUGACAAUUAGUUUUUCUGCCUUGAAUGAAAACAUCACCUUAUCUUUGAUAAGGCCUGGUUGUCUGCAUGGAUGCAAAGCUGAUAAACAG